AUGAGACUGGCUCCGUGUUUCUUGCUGCCCGCAGCAGUUGCUGCUGCAAAGGCCUCGCUGGGCAACCUCUACAUCCACAGCGAACAAGGUGGCGCCGACUCGUCCGUCACCACUGUCAAGGCCGACGCCGCCCGUCUGCUCAUCGCCUCGCGACUGGGCCUCGACCGAUACCACUCUCUCCAAGGACAGGACGAAUCUGCUCUGCUGACCAUCAAUCGCCUCUCUGGACAGUCUGCCUUCCUCUCAUCCCAGGACGCCUCGGUCGCUCUGAUUCUUUCCACUGUCAACCAAGAGGAUCUUCCCUUCUCCUCAAACUCUGCCUAUUUGCAGACUAUCCAGAUCAAGGACUCGCCUGACUUUCAGACCUCCGAGAAGCUAUUGAACGACCUCGCGCGUCAAGCUGGCAUCGAACACUUGUCCGACAUUCAUCAGUCAACCGUCUCCUCUGAUAAUGGUCCAGCUUUCAGAAUCGCUCAGGAUGCAGAGGCACUCGCUACUUCUUACGACGUCCUGACCAGCCAGUACCACACCGUCCUCGUUCUCAACGUGCCUAGGGAUGCCUCAAGGAACACAUACGGCUCUUACGACGGUCUUGCCAUGUCGCAGAAGAAACGCAACGUCAAGGAGGCUCCCCUGAUCACCGAAGUCACAAAGACUGCCUCGCACCUCAAGGCCACCUUGACCCCCGACGCUUCGUCAAACAUGACCUACAACCACACUACUCCUCUCAGAGGUAUUCUCCCUGGCUGCUUCGCCUCAUUGUCUGCCUGCCAGUCCAUGACCCGCAACUGCACUGGCCACGGCUCUUGCGUAUUGUCUCACACCGACAAGGACGCUGGCGACUUGGGCGGCAAGUGCUACUCCUGCGCCUGCAAGGACGAGGUUCGCACAAACGCCGAUGGCGGCAAGAAGACCACUCGCUGGGGUGGUCCCGCCUGCCAGAAGAAGGACAUCGUCAUGCCAUUCUGGCUCAUCAGCUCCUUCUCCGUCUUCAUGGUCUUUGUUGUCAGCUGGGGCAUCGGUCUGCUUUACACUAUGGGUAGCCAAGAGCUUCCCAGCGUUAUUGGUGCUGGUGUCUCUGGCCCUGUUAGAAAGUAG